ACUCGCCGGCGCCCCAGUGGGAGGACGGCAGCUGCCCGCUCCCUCCUCCCCACACCCCCGCUACCUGCCCAGUCCCCGAAGCGAAGCGUGAGGAGGCUGCGAGCCAGCGGGGCCGAGCCCACAACUUUGCAGCCUCGGGGAGGGCGAGAGCCGGCGUGCAGGGCUCCUCUUGUCCGCGACCAGAGCUUGGAAUGUAAUCGAGGAUGCUGGCCCUCAGGCUGCUCAACGUGGUGGCCCCCGCCUACUUCCUGUGCAUCUCCCUGGUGACCUUCGUGCUGCAGCUCUUCCUCUUCCUGCCUAGUAUGCGUGAGGACCCCUCGGCCGCCCGGCUCUUCUCACCUGCGCUGCUCCACGGGGCAUUCUUCCUGUUCCUCUCAACCAACGCCCUGGGUAAUUACGUCCUGGUCAUCCAGAACUCCCCAGACGACCUGGACGCCUGCCAGGGGACCGCAGCCAGGAGGGCCCUGUGCCCUCCGCCCAGCGCCCACUUCUGCCGAGUGUGCGCCAGAGUCACCCUGAGGCACGACCAUCACUGUUUCUUCACCGGCAACUGCAUCGGGAGCAGGAACAUGCGCAACUUCAUCCUGUUCUGCCUCUACACCUCCCUGGCCUGCCUCUACUCCAUGGUGGCCGGCGUGGCCUACAUCUCCGCAGUCCUUUCCAUCUCCUUCGCCCACCCCCUGGCCUUCCUCACGCUCCUUCCCACCUCCAUCAGCCAGUUCUUCUCCGGAGCUGUCCUUGGUCCUGAAAUGUUCGUCAUCCUCAUGCUCUACCUCUGGUUUGCCGUCGGCCUGGCCUGCGCUGGCUUCUGCUGCCAUCAGCUGCUGCUGAUCCUCCGGGGGCAGACCCGCCACCAGGUGCGGAAGGGGGUGGCAGUGAGGGCCCGGCCUUGGCGCAAGAACUUACAGGAGGUCUUCGGAAAGAGGUGGCUCCUGGGCCUGCUGGUCCCCAUGUUCAAUGUUGGAAGUGAGAGCUCCAAGCAGCGGGACAAGUAGCAGGCACUCCCAUCAUUUCUCUCUGUGUGUGUGUUGACUCCUCGUGAACAUAAGACCACAGCACCCUGUCUCCACCCAUGGCCCACUACAGCUUUGGGCCGGUAAGGCCCUAGCAUCCACCCCUGGUCUGUAACAUACAGAGAACAGCGUUGGCUGGUGGAUCAUGACAAGGAGGGAAAAUGGCCACUGAGGCAUUGCUAGGUUCCCCGUGAGCCAGCCUGGUGGCUGCUAACCGUUCAGAGCUUCUCUUUUGUUUCUUCCCCCUUGGGGUGCCUGCUUUUCCCCUCUGCCUGGUUCACCCACGCUCCACCAAGUCUCAUGUCAUCACUGCUAUCUGCUAGAGCUUUUCCUCUCAGCCCCAUGUCAGGAGUCGGGAGGGGAUUCUUGCUGCUGGUAUGCAGCUCCCCAGGACCUGGAGUCUGGCAAAAGGUUUAAAAUCACCAUGUGUGAGAGGCAGCCAAGUCAGCUCUGCCAGCUGCUAGUGAGGUUGGGAAAGGAGGGGUGUGUGUCCUCAUCCCCUCCGUGGAAUUGUGAACAAUGGAGGGAAAAAAGAACUCAGCAGCUCGCUGCCCAGCCCUCAAGUUGCAAGGCCUUUCUCUGGGAGACAGCAGCCAAUGGCCUGGGACUUCUAGCUGCUGUCCCCUGUCCACCCCGCCCCAGCCGGCUACCCAGUGCCAUCCAGGACCUGGCUGGAUGCUUCCUUUCCCUGGCACUCUUCCAGCCUCUGGGUCUUUGCUAGAUGCUGGGAAGGCAAGGAAGAAGAGAGAAGGAAAGGGAGAUACUGAUAAAUGAGAGUGGUGUGUGACUGCACAACCAUAUAGAAG